AUGUCGCGUUCCUUUUAUGAAGUACUUGGCAUAGCAACCACGUGUAAUGCCGAUGAUGUUCGCCAUGCUUACUACCAAGCGGCACGUAAAUACCACCCAGAUAAACGUGUGAAUGGAUUGAAUUUGGAAGCCAAUGAUGUAGUAGCUGAGAAUGAAGAGCAUUUCCUGAGCGUGCAAGCGGCCUAUGAGACAUUGCGCAAUGCAGAGUUACGAAAGCAGUAUGACGCUAAGUUGCGCCAAGAUGAGCUGGUGCAAAAGCGAAAGCAGGAAGUCGUGGUUGUGUCUGAUGAGGUCUCUCUUGCUGACAUGCAGCGGAAAAUGUUGCAGAGCGAGGAUGACGAGAUGAUUUAUACACAAAAGUGUCGCUGCGGAGAUUUUUACGAAAUUACAGAAGACGAGCUGCAGGAUGGCGUGGACGUGGUGCCGUGCACAGGCUGCUCACUGCAUAUUCGAGUGCUGUUGCAGAAGGCGCGCUGUGCACGUUGA